AACUGCAAAAUAAAAAACAAAUUUAAAGAAGCAACCAAAGACCAAAGCGAGGAGCAGCAGACAAAAUACACACACACGCACACACAUACACAGAGAGACAGACGCAGAGCGAGAGCGAGCGAGUGCAAGCGAGACAUUGCCAUCGCACAAUGACCUUGCCAACGAAUACAAACGCAGCGAAUGGCAACAACAACAACAACAGUAUCAAGAAGAAAAAUAAAAACAACAAUCACAACAACAACAACAAUAACAACAGCAGCAGUGGAAGUGGCAGCAGUGAUGAUGAUUCGGACAUGUUUGGACCGCCGCGCUGUUCACCACCCAUGGGCUAUCAUCAUCAUCGCUCGCGUGUGCCAAUGAUCUCACCAAAGUUACGACAACGCGAGGAACGCAAACGCAUCCUGCAGCUAUGCGCCCAUAAGCUGGAGCGCAUCAAGGACUCCGAGGCAAACUUGCGACGCAGCGUUUGCAUAAAUAAUACCUAUUGUCGCCUAACCGACGAACUGAGACGUGAGAAACAGAUGCGUUAUCUACAGAAUUUGCCAAAAACCAGCGACAACAACAACAGCAGCAGCACAGAAUUGGCGCGUGAGAAUAUAUUCCAGCCAAACAUGGACGAUGCCAAGCCAGUGAACAACAACAACAACAACAACAGCAGCAACAAGACGCCCUAUGGUGAUGUUAGCGGUCAGCUGUCCAGCAGCAAUCAAAUUGUGCGCACCAUUUGCUCCAUUGAGAAUCAUCAGUCGUCGCAAUUGGCGCGGCAUGGUGGCGGCAACACGCCCGUGGCCGCUGCUGCGGCUGUGGCACGCAAGCGACAAUUGUCGAGCGGGAAUCUGGUAAACGAUUUGGAGAUACUCGAUCGCGAGCUGAGCGCCAUCAAUGCGCCAAUGCCGCUGAUUGAUCCGGAAAUAACGCAGGGCGCCGAGCAGCUGGAGAAGGCGGCGCUUUCGCACUCACGCAAGCGACUGCGCAGCCAGAGCAACGAGGACGAGAGCGAUCGUCUGGUGCGCGAGGCGCUCCAACAGUUCUAUAUACCACCGCAGCGUCUCAUCUCGGCCAUCGAUGAGUGUCCGCUCGAUGUGGUGGGCUUGGGCGCAGGCGCCAGCAGCGGCGGCGGCAGCAGCAGCAGCAGCAUCAUGAGCAUGGACGGCAGCAAGCGCAGCAAGCUGAACGGCAGCGAACACUUGGAGCAGCUGGUGGACUUUGAUAUGAAUCAGAAUCAAAAGGACUUUGAGGUCAUUAUGGAUGCGCUGCGCUUGGGCACGCCCAGUCCCAGCAGCAGUGCCAGCGACUCUUGUGGCCAGGCGGCCAUGAUGAGCGAGUCGGCGAGCGUGUUUCACAAUCUGGUGGUCACAUCGCUGGAGACAUGAAGGUAUCAGUAGUGACGCCGCCGCCGCCGCCGCAACCGCCGCCACAAAGUCUCCUCAACUAGAAUAAAUAUUUGGGGCGCUGGCACAGGUGUCAGUCGCUAAACCAAAACACAGGGACUACAACAGCAACAAGAAAACCACAAUUUGGCCUAAAAACAAAGCAUAAACAUUUACAAUUAAAUACAAGACAAAGAGAGCAUAGAUUAAGUCUAGGAUUAAGCUGGGGCUGGGGUCAGCAGCAACAAAAACAAAAACAAAAACAAAAAAAAAUUAAAUACAAACGUUUUGCGUUUUGUAACAAACUUUGUUUGAAAACAACAACAACCAACUGCUUACAAUUAUAUUAU